AGCAUCAUGAACUAAUCAACCUGCUGGAUUUUGUGGAGACACUUAGAAAGGGUCCAUGAGAAAGGCCCUGUGGUGAGUUAUACUGUGCACCCAAGCAUAAGGAAGAUGUCUGCAGCCAGCUGGAACUGGCCUGGAUUACCUCUGUUUUUGUUCCCUGGGUGGAAAGACUAUCUUCCAGUUGGACAACGGAUGCCUGGGACUCGUUUCAUUGCUUUCAAAGUUCCUUUGAAAAAGAGUUUUGAAAAGCACCUUGCUCCAGAAGAACGUUUUUCCCCCUUGGAUCUUUUUAACAAACUCCAAAAACAGAAUGAAGAACUUGGACUGAUCAUUGACUUAACAUACACUCAUCGCUAUUAUAAACCAGAGGACUUACCAGAAACUAUUCCUUACUUAAAAAUUUAUACAACUGGGCAUCAGGUGCCUGAUGAUGACACUAUUUUUAAAUUCAAAUGUGCUGUUAAUGAGUUUUUGAAAGAAAAUAAAGACAAUGACAAACUUAUUGGUGUUCAUUGUACUCAUGGUUUAAACAGGACUGGCUAUCUCAUCUGCAGAUAUUUGAUUGAUGUAGAAGGCAUGAGGCCAGAUGAUGCAAUUGAAUUAUUCAAUAGGUGCCGUGGACAUUGCUUGGAAAGACAAAACUAUAUUGAAGACCUUCAGAAGGGCCCCAUCAGAAGGAGUUGGGAUUCCAGUGUAUCCAGAUCAAGUGGUUUUGAAGCCGCAACACAUAUGAUGGAACCAGUCCACACCACUAUUAAGUCUGUUAACCAAGGACAGAGGUAUAACCUCCAUCAGACCCAAGGCUAUCCAGUACCUUCUUGGCAUUUCCACAGCCAGACCCAAGAUCUGCAGCAGUCAGUAAGAAAAUUUUCACAGAAUCAAAAUGUUUCCCAGAGAGGCCAUAUCCCUCCUCCUGGGCCCCCUGGAGAGGACUAUUCACAAUUGAGGUACUCUUGGAAUGUAAUGCCAAAUGCCAGUCAAGUAGCCCAGAAUAAAAGGUGGUAUCCUGGCACUUACUACGGACUAUCCUAUCCAGCCUAUUGUGGAUGGACCGAAUGACACAAACCUAUCCUGGAAAUCUCUCUGUGGAUAGAGCAAGACUGAAGACAGCUGGAGUGACUUUUUAUAAGAUCAGAUCAAAUGAGGUUUAUAAUCUGCUUCAUUCCUCCCUCAUGUGUUCAAACUUAAGGAAAAAUUACAUUGAUACUUACCUCUUUGAUGAGAAAUUUGCAGUAUUUACAACAGUAAAGGAAAUAAUCUGUCAUUCAGUCUUAAAUUUUUUUUAAAGAAGAUGAUAUUUUAGAACUGAUAAAGUAAUAAAGAAUUUCCCUCGUGAA